ACCGCCCUACUGUGCGCCGUCAAGGCUAUACACUAAACCCAUUCACAAAUCUCGAAACUCCCCUCCUUCUUCAUCACGCAACUGCCACGUGUCACUGUCCCACACCGACCUUCCACAUUUAUCCUAUCGAGGCCGACAUUUCCUGGACCCCACAUGGACGCCCUCCCACGUCGCCCGUACACGUGGCACAUAUUCUAUUGGCGUCGGCAAGCAACUACAGCGCACCGUGUCCCUCUCCCGCUUUUCUCCUUUCUUCCUUUUCUCUUUUGACUUCAAAUUCCCCUUAACGAAUACGCAACUCCACUCGCCAGAUCUAGUAGACACGUGUAAAAUAUCACACGUGUUAUCUUCUUGUAGCGAGUAGUCUCCAAAUAUGUAAGCUUCGAGAGUUGAGUUCUCAUUUUAGGUUUUGUUAAAUGCACUCGUCCGUUACGCACGCAGCUAUCGAUUGGCCACCCCUUGGUUUAUAUUCUUAAUCGCGUCAGAUCCGCGUACGCGGUACUGUAAGCCCUUAUAAAAUCGAAUCACUCUCAGAACCAACCCAUCAUCGAGUUCUAGACGCUGCUCUGAUUGCAUUUUUCUGAAGGCUUCAUUUCUGUUGUACAACUUGGUUUGAUACUUGAUCAUCAUGGAAGAAGAGCACCACCAUAGCAAAACCCACGAGUGUGAGACCACUGUGGUGGCAGAGGAGGCUGCCGUCGAGACCAAGGAUCGUGGGAUAUUCGAUUUCUUGGGGAAGAAAGAGGAGGAGAAGCCACAGGAGGAGGUGAUUGUUACCGACUUUGAGAAGGUUACCAUUUCCGAGCCUGAGCCAAAGGUGGAGGAGGAGGAGGAGAAGAAGCAUGGACUCUUGGAGAAGCUUCACCGAUCUGAUAGCAGCUCCAGCUCUUCGAGCGAGGAGGAAGGAGAGGGAGGAGAAAAGAAGAAGAAGAAAAAGAAGGACAAGAAGAAAAAGGAGGAGGACACUUGUGUGCCGGUGGAGAAGUGUGAUGAAGUAGUUCCACCACAGCCGGAGGAGAAGAAGGGCUUCUUAGACAAGAUCAAGGAGAAACUGCCAGGACAGCACAAGAAGGCAGAAGAGGUUCCUCCUCCGCCACCACCUCCGGCAGAGUGCUCCCCCUCCUCAGAGACACACGAAGGCGAGGUAAAGGAGAAGAAGGGAAUAUUGGAGAAGAUCAAGGAAAAGCUUCCUGGAUACCACCCCAAGACCGAAGAAGAGAAGAAAGAGAAAGAGAAGGAUUGUGAAUAAGCCCAUAGAAAAAAAAACCAAUGUUUAUCGUUGAUUGUGCGGUUUGUUUGAUCACAGGAUGAUGUUUUGUUCUGUUUUGUUUUGUUUUAUUUUAUUUUAUUUUAUUUUUACCUAUACUUAUAUAUGUGAUUAUAUGUAAGUUUGUUUCCGAGGAUCUAUAUUGUAAUUUCCUCGUGUUAUUUUGUGAUUUUCACGGUAUUAAUGUAUUUGUUAAUUACCUGCUUUGUUUGUAUUUAAUUUCUUUGUGGAAAAAAGAAAAAGAAAAAAUAGAAAGCUAGUGUUGCUUUA